AUGGAGUUUAGGCAAAAUUCAAGAUAAAAUUAUAUUUAGCAUAGGAAUUUAUUUUUUCAAAAGGAAAUAAAUUUAAGAAAUGAGACUUUUGGGAUUAGCGAUUAGGAGAUCACAUUUGAAAAAGUACAGGAAUUGGCAACUAGCAUGAAAUAAAAUAGAAAAUACCUUUUCUAAACUGUUGAAUAAAUUAUAGAAUUAGGUACAUUAUAAAAUUGGGCAUUAAAAUUUGCUCAAUAAUCAGUGAAAGACUUUAUAGAUUGUGUUCAUAGAAAUGAAUAUAAAGAUAUAGCAAAGUACGAAGAAGAAAUUUGCAAUAAAGUUAAUUUGCUUUCAGAAAUAUAAAUACUAUUUACAAAAGAAAGAUAUAAAAACUCUCCUUCCUCAGACACUACAAUCUUGCAAGAAUUACUGAUAAGACCCAAAUAUAAUUUAUUUGAAGUAGUAAUUUAUUCACAUAACUGGAAAGUCAAUUAUAUUUCUUCGAAGUAUAUUUACUCUCUAACCAAAAAUACUAACUACUUUGAGUCUAGUGAAACUAAUAAAAUCUAUAAUCUUAUCAAAAAUUAUUCUUUACAUCAAAACAUUUUCUUAAAGGUUAUGAAGGAAAAUAAUAUUUUUCUUACCUUAGGUCAUUUUUUACCAGAAUAUUUUGAUAAGGAGUAGACACUAUAAACAUUGAAAUCCUGGAAGUUUGAUCUUUAAAAUUAAUGGCGCUAAAAGAUUAAUAAGAAAGAUGAGAAAGACCAAACUGAUUUUAUAAUAAAUAGCUAUUUAAAAUAAAGCAAGAUUAAAGAUAUUAAUAGUGAACUUAUUUAAACAUCAAAGUGGGAAGAAAUAAUAAAUAAAAAAUUAGCUUUAGUAAAGGAUAAUUUUGAAGACAUUGUAAAUUUAACACUAGCAUUUUUUUUUACUCACUAAAGCUACUAUGAUGGAUACGAAUUUGAUUAUUCUAGCAAUUACAAUCAAGAUUAGUCAUAUGUAAUUAUACAUUCUAUAUACUCAAUAAAGCCAGAAGCAUUGAAAGAUAAGGAGAAGUUUUUUAUCGAUUUCUUUAUCCCAGAGAUAUUAUCUACAAACAUUAAUUGUAAUGGUAGCAAUCAUUUUCAAUAUUCUAAAGAUUUUAUGUUUGUUUAGAAAUUUAUUGAUAAUAUUUUGAAGCCUUACAAUAAGCUUUCAGAAAUAGAGUAUGUUUUUGAUUUAAUUGAAGGAUUAAAAGUUGUCAUAUACAAUAAUGAGAACCUUUUAACAGUUUACGACAUUCUAGAAUAAGAAAAUAAUUAGAAUAUUGAUAGCGUGUCUUAAGCUAAGUAGCAAUUAGAAUUUUUUGAAGAAUAUAUAAUAGAUAAUGCUAUUAAUAAAAAUGAUUACAAUAAUUUACUAUUAGCCUCUUGUCUUGUUGGUAAAGAGUUUACAAAAGUAAAGAUAACAAAAUUGUUAAUACAUCUAUUUGAGUUAUAGACCCGCAACGAAACUUUAGAUAAACUUAACAUUUAAUAGACUUUUAGCUACACUAGAUUUGCAAAUCACACCAUAUGUGACUAGAUUUAUAAAGAUGUAGCUUAGUCAAAGAUGGAAAACCUUGUUAAUUAUUUACAUCUUCAUUAUGUUGAAAAGAACUGCCCAUAUGGAAACUUUUUUAUUAGGACGAUGGGUUUCAUAUUUUCUUAGAUAAGUGAAUAUUAGGCUUUUUCAAUAGAAACAGCAUUGAAAUUAAUUUAAAUAUACAGGAGGUAUAUUAAUGAUUAGAGCAAUUCAGUAUUUUCUAAUUAGGGCUGUUUCUUUGAGAUAAUUCACAGAAUAGCUCUAAGGCUCUAAAAAGAGCCUGAAUAUUAAAACGAAUAUGAAGAGUGUGGAUUACUGUUUAUGAGAUGGUCAUUUUAUGUCUUCACAUAGUAGUAUUUUGAUUAAAUCACUUUUGGCUUUACCUUAGAAACAAAAUUUACUGUUUAUUUUGAAAAAUUCUUUUAAACUGAGUUUAAAUAAUACUAUGAAAAUGACAAAAAAUUGAUUCUCUAAUAGUAUGAUAAGUAUAACCCUGCUAAUUAUAGCAUAUCUAGAGCCCUAUAAAAUUUUAUGGUGUUAAAAAACAAUCUCCUUGCUUAGACUCUCAUUUAAUUUUUUGGACAUUAUUACUAUUAUUUUAAAAUAAGUAUUUCAUAGCCAAUUAAGAUCACUAAGGAUAACUUUUAGUUAAUGAUCAAAUAUGAUUUAUAAAAUAUCUCUCCUUUUUGUUUGAUGAAUAGGAAUAUUAUCUCUCAUUAUUCAUUUAUGUCUUAUUUUUCUAUUAAAACCUGUGAACUUUACGAUGAAUCAGGAAAUAAGCUAGAAAACUGCAAUUACGUUAGUGCUUACUUAGAAAUAUUUGAUUAAUUCUUAAAAGAAAAUAUGGAAACUCUAUAAAAAGCAGCAAAAAAAAUAAAAAGUUUACCUUUAGAAAGAACAUAAAGAAAUAUUCUCCAACAUAUUUCUUCAUAGAUAAAAUGCGAGUAGGAUUAUGAAGAAAUAGCUAUCUGCAGAAGAUUUUCUUAUUUAAUUUAAUUUGGUUUUGGAUUAUUUAGCCAUUUCGAAAGCUACGACUUGGCAUAAUGCAAGUAUGUUUUUUCAUAAGAGGUUGUUUGCUAGCUUGUAACUUAAAUAAUGAAAAUUUAUGAUUUUAGAUAAUUUUGCUAGUCUAUUGGUAUCUAAAACUAUGAAUUAUUGAAAAGUUGCAACUAAGAAGAAUCAAUUGAGUAUCUGAAUCUCUUUAAAAAAGGAAAAUUAUUUAAAAUAUUUUAAUCAGGAACUUAUAAAUAUAGUAAGUAAUAUGAAAUUGAUAUAUUCGAAUAAAUACCUUUUACCUACAUUAAAAAACUGAUUACUUAUUGCUCUGAAUAGCCAUAUUAUCCAGAUAUUAUUAAUAACCUUGCUUCUAAUUUAAUUAGUUAAUGCAAUGAUCCCUCCUCUUCAAUUUAAAGUAUAUUAGAAAAUGAAGACAAAAUUACUUUCGAAGAAUUCUUUAAGUAAAGUGCUUAUUUCAAUAUAGUAAUAAAAAUAAUUAACAGAAAUAUUAAGAGUAAUACUCAUUAGAUUGGACUAUUGGCUGAUGAAGAGCUAAUAGAAUUAAAAAAGAAGAAAAAAAAUAAAAAUGAUAACUAAGCAGAUCAUUAAUCAAAGUUAUUCUACAUAAGUAAUAUUGAUAUCCUAUUAAAAGAUCAAAUAGCUUAUCAAUAAUUUGUACUUAAAAUACUAAAAAAAGAAAAUAUAUAGAUUUUUAUUAAUUAAAGAGCGAAGGCUAAUGAUUUCCAUAAUCUCUUUAUAGAAUUUUUAGAUAGUUUUAUAACAAGCAGUUUGAGUAUGGUUGGAACUCUUUUAAGCUUGGUGCAUAGUUAGAAUCCUAAAUAUAUCCGCCAAACAGAAACAAUAAAUCUUCUAAAUUAAUUAAUUAACAAUACUUAUAUAAUAAUUAUCACUUAGCUUAAUAAUGGAGGAGAAUGGGGAAGUUACUCAACUUCUUAAGCAAGUGAUUUCUUAGAUUCCUUUAAUAAUAUAAUAGAUAGCUACUCAAAUUUAGGGUUGGAUAUAGAUCCUUUAGUCUCAGAAGCAUAAGUCUUAUACUCUUAAUUUGGUUAAAUGAUAUCUGAAAAUUUGUCUAGAGUUUUAAAUGACACAGGUUACGAAGUUGAAGUGAAUGCUAUACUUAAACAUGCUAUUGAAAUUGAUUUUUCAUUGCAAAAAGCAUUAAAAAGAUAAGAAUUAAGAGAGAUAUGUAAAAGAGAAAUUUUAGAUGAAGAGUUAAAAAAAUAAUCUAUCAAAUUAGAUAAUGUCAGCUAGUAGGAAUCUGAUAAUAAAGAAAAUCUUUCAAGUGAAAAAUAGUAAGAUGUUUCAAGCUAAAAAAAUGAAGAACAAGAAAAGAGUUCUAUCUAAAAUAAUGAUGAAAAUCUUUCUGAAAAGAAUUAAGAAAUACCAACUGAAAAAAUAGAACAACAAGAAUAGGAUAAGAAAGAAACAGGUGAAUAAAAUGAAAAAUUAGAUGAAUAAACUAAAAUGGAAGAAGAUAAAAAGAUAUCUGAAUAGAAAAAGAAUUAAGAAUUAAAUGAUAAAAUUGAAAAAAAGCUAAAAGAAAUGGAGGAAAAUGAAAAGGAGAAAAACGAGAAAGAAGAGUCAGAAAAGAAAAAACAAAUCCUAAUAAUGAUGUCUAAGUAGAUUGCAUUAUUUUUGAAUGAUGUUUUCUACAAAGAUGCCUUGAGCUAAAAUUAGUAAUUUGCAAUUAAUAAGGACAUUUAAGCUAUCUUAAACCUACCUAAUCCUAUUAAUCCUAUAUAAACAUUUGGGUUAAAUGAAUUCUUUAGUAAAUGCUUUACUAAAUUAAAUACGGUUAAUAAUGCUAAUGUAAAAUAUAUACACUAGCACCUUAAAAGAAUGAUUAUUUAUAUUGGAAGGCAUUUCGAUUGCCUUAAAGAUAUACAAUAAGACAUUCCUUUCUUAAAAGCAACCGAAGAAGGUAAGAAACUCUAUAGCAAAGACGAAGAAAUAGAUGAAUAUGAAGAGCUUUUAUUAUUUGAUAGCUUUAUUUAAUUCUAUGAUAACUUAUGUUACAAAUUUGAAAUACUCAAAAAAAACUAACGAGACUUUAUCUGUUUAAAUGAUGUAUUAGAAAUUUGUUUAGAUACACCUUCGAUUCUAAGGCAAUUUAGUCUUACUCCUUAAGAAUUAUAGUAAUUUUAUGAUAAAUGCUUAGACAUAAGCUAAUUUGUUUACGAAUUAAAAAUAAAAUAUAAAAAUGAGGGUUUAGAAAUAGAAAUGUCCUCCUAGUACCUUUCAGUAUUAGAUUUAUUGACUGAAGAUCUCUUUAAAACUCUUAAAGCAUUGAGCAACCUUGUACCCAAUAUUCGUUUAUAAGCUCUAGAAGCACUUAUUUAUAAUUAUCUAGAAUUAAAUUAUUACAAGAGUAAUCCUUGGGAGGAAAUAAAAUAAUCUAUUUUAUAUUUUAUAAAUGUGAUUUUCAUAGCAAAGGGAGGUGCAAAUUUUAAGCAUUUUUUAAGAAAAUGUAUAGCUUAAGAUAUAAUUACCCAAAAGUUUGAAAUUUAAUAAAAAGAUUAAGCACAAAAUGAUUCUAAGAGCUAAGAAGUUGAAGAAAAAGAUAAGAAAAAUAAAAAGGAAGAUAUCUAGAAAAGUGACUCUGAUGAAGAUGAUAAUAAUUCAAUUGUAUUUAAUGGGCUUAUAAAAAAGAAAAAAAAAGGUAAAAAAGAUAGAAAAAAAUCAACUUCUGAUUCAUCCUCCAGCGAAGAAGAUGAGAGUAGCAGUUAAAUAAGUAAUUCCAGUAAAUCUUAAUCCGAUGAAGAUAUUUCUAUUUUAUUUGAUGCAUUAUCUUUAAGUGGAGAUUAUGAGAUAGAAAAUAUAGAUUAAGACAAAUAUGAUAAAAUACAUUCUAAAAAGAACUUCGUUGAAGAUGAAAUAAAGGAAUCUAAAAAUCGUAAUAAAAAAUAAAAAAGAUAAGAUAAAGAUAAUGAAGAAGAUGAUAAUAGCUCAAGUGAUGAAAAAAGUAAAGUUAGUAUUGAUGAUGAUGACAAAAGUAAACAUACAGAAUCGGAUAGUGAUGGAGAAGAAUAAGAGGAAGACGAUGAAGAAGAAGAAAGUGAAUCAUAAGAAAAUAGUGAAGAGUCAUCUAGUUCAAGCUCAUCAAGUAAAAGCAGUAGUGAUGAGGAUGAUUAAAGCUCAAGCAGUAGUGAGGAAGAAGAAGAAGAAGAUGAUGAUAAUAGUAGUUAAUCUAAAUCUUAAAAUGAUAGCAUAUUUAAAAAGAAAAAACAAACUAAGAAAAAAGAAAAAGAUUAAAUUAAAAAACUUAAUAAGUAGUAAAUUAUAGUGAAAAAUCUUGAGAAUCUAGAAAAUAUUAGAUUCACUUUGACAUAAAUUUAAAAUAAGAUUUUAAGUAAAUAUUCUAUAAUAUGUCAAUGUUAUUCUUAAGUGUUCUAUGAAGUUAUUAAUGAGUUUUUUGAAGUUACAAAAAUCUAAAUAAUUAGCCCUACUAUACAAAAAGAUGAAAAAGAUGAAAAAAAUGAAAAAAAAGAUGAAAAAAGCUAAUCUGGCAAUGAUGAUAAAAAUUUGUCUAAAUCAUCAAAAUCUCAUAAUUAAUCAAUUUAGAGUGAAAAAAAAGAUUUUAGCGAAUUAGAAGAUGAAGAAGAGAGCAAAACAUAAACUAAAGAAGAUAAAUAAAAUGUAAAUAAAGAUUAAGAAAGUGAAACAGAGCAAGAUUAAAAUGGUGAUUUAAUAGGAUCAUAAAUUCUAUGCUAAGAAGAUAACUUAUCAUCAAAUAGAGAGUAGGAAAAUUAAGAUAAAUAAGAGUAAAGUGAAGAAGAGCAGAGUGAGAAUAAAAGUUAAAACGCAGAUACUGAAAAAGAUGAGGAAAAUUAAGACAAUGGAUAAGGGGAUAAUUCUGAAGAUGGAUCUAAUGAUGAAAGUAACUCUGCUAAUGACUAGUAAAGUGAUAAAAAAGAAUAAAAAUUAGAUUAAGACUUAGGAGAAAAUGAAGAAGAAGAAGAAGAAGAAGACUCAAAAAGUAAAUCUAAGUUGACAACUCAAAGUAAGAGUAAUGAAAAAAUAGAAGAAAAAGAAAAAAAAGAAGAUGAGCAGGAAGAAUGUAAAAGUAAAUCUUAGAAAGAGGAUGAAGAGAAAGAAAAAAAAAUUAAAAGAGUGAUUAUAUAUAAGCUAAGAAAUCCAGAUGAAGUGAAGAAAUUAUAUGAAAAUAGACAUAAAUUGGUAAAAAUGAGCUAAUAGCAAAUAGAUUUUGUAUAAUAUAUUAUAAAUAUAUUUGUUCAAAAAGUGAACAACAUUAACUAAGAGUUAUAAAAUGUAAAUGAAGUUAUAAAGUUUAAAUUCAUUCCAAAAAUAGAAAAAUCAGAAUGCGAUUACAUAGAUAUUGAAACAAUCUAAAACUAUAUUAUAUCUCUUAUAUAAAACUACUAACAUUUAAUUCUUCCUCACUUAGAUGAGUUUAAAGUAAAUAACAUUCAAAAAGAAAAGCAUGACACUUUAUAUUUAUUCGACCAACACAAAAGCAAGACUAAUUUUAUAGAUUACUUGAUCCAUAUUACUCUAAUUACAAAUUAUUAAAGCUAAGAUAUAUUAAAUUAUAUAGUUUUUAGCUCAUUCUAGUAUAAGGAUUAGGAUAUUAAUAAGCAAAUACUAAGAUAAAUUUUCUUAAAGAUAGUAUCUAUACUCAAGUAAAUACUUGAGCAGCCUGAUUUCUUCAUCAACAUGAAAAUUCACACAUUAUUUGAUGGAAUCCUGAACAUAUUUAAAAAUAUUUUAGAAAAUAUUGAAGAAAAGAAAAAAGAAGACGGUUUACUUAUUUUGAGUCUAUUUUAAAAGUUUAUAAAUAAAGCCUAAUCUAUGAAAUAAUUAGAAUAGCUCUUCUAUUUAGAAAUAUUUAACUUAUAUGAAAAAUCUUACAAUUACAUUAUGACUUCUAUUUAUGGAGAUGAUUUAAACAUUGAAAAAGAAACUGAUUUUGUAAGUGAAAACUUUUUAUAAUAUUUCUAGAAGGAUUAAAUAUAAAAGUCAUUAGAGUAAAGCUUUUUUGAUUCAGAUAAAAUAGUUUCAAAUAUUUUAGAAGAUGAUUAGCACAAAAAGCUAUUCGAUACAGAGUGGGAAUUCGAAGAUGAAUAAUAACUUUAUAAAUAUUAAUAAGUAGAUAAUACAUCUCAAUUUAACAUAUUUAAAGAAGUUAAAAAUAAUUAUUUCUUGUACAUCAUUAUAAAAAACCAAAAAACAAUUAAAUUAAAAGAUCCUCCUAAAAAUUUUGAAAAAAAUUCACCUAAUUCGUUUGCUGAAUAUUUUGAAACUUUUAAAUUGCUAACUGAAGGAAACAAAAAUACAGUUUUUAGUAACUAAUUUAAAAAUUCUGAAUAAAUUAAGCACUUAAAUGACAUUUACAAUAACACUAAAAUAGAAAUUAAAUCAAACAAUAUUUAUUACUACCAAAUGAAUAAAUAUCUUUUAGACUAAAGAAAAAUUAAAGAAGACAAUUAAAUAAAAGAGUUAAAUAAUAAGGAUUGUGAUUAAAAUUAAGAUAAAUAAUCAUCUAAUUAAGAAUAAUAAGCAGUUAAAAUAUCAGAAAUUACUUUUGUAGAUGAAAAUGUAGAAAAAUAAAUUUAAGAAUAAUAUGAAUAGGCUUUUUGCAAAAUAUAAGUAAAGAAGCAAAUAUUAAAUGCUGCUCCUGAUAUAAAAUAACCCAAUUAAAAAGAUAUUUAGGAACCCAAAGAAUAAAUAGAUGUGAAAGAUGAAAGCAAACCUGCUACUGAUUUAGAUGAAAAAGAUUACGUAUGUCCAUCUGUAUAUGGCUUUUAGACAAAUGAUCUUGAAAGAUUUAACAUUGAUCGAAACCAUUAUGUCAGCUUGAGUCCUGAUUAAAGAUAAACUCUUUUAGAAGAAAAGCAGAAGGAAUUCAAUAAAAAAGAAAGAGAGAAAAAAUUAAAAGUGAUAAGAGAAAGAGAAAAAAUGUAGCUUGAAAGUAUUUUUGGAAACAAAGAAGAUUAUGAGAAAAACAAGAAAGACUUUUAGAAAUUCCUAAAAUCUAAAGAAUUUAAUAAAACAGUCAAGGGUUUAGAAAAAGAAGAGUAGAGACUAAUCUUGCUAUCUCAGGAUAGUGAAUACUUGAAGUUAUUAGAUACUUAAAUGAGAAAAAAGGCUCAAUAAUUCUUGAAAAAGCAAAAAAUCUCUAAAAAGAAAAAAAGCAAAUCACAAGAUAAAAAUGAAGAAAAAUCUUAAAUUUUCAAAGGUUUGAAAAAAAUUAUCAAAAGCACAGACCAACACAAAUAAAAAAAGAAGGAAAAACAAUUAACUGAAAGGAUAAAUAAAUCAUUACAAGUUCCUUAAAUUGAGGAAGAUGUAGCUCUUAAAAUGACACUCUGCUUAAUUACUGGAGGUGAUUAAAAUAUGUAUAAAGAAACUUACUCCAAUAUAUUGGACAGAGCUUUUAUCAAUCCCUUUAAUUAUAUUAGAAUACUUGGAUUAAUUCUGGUCAUCUCUUCUAAAAUUAUUAAAAAAUCAAAGUUUAAUAUCGAAUGGUUAGACAAAAUACUCUUCAACACACGUGAUAAGUUUUUGAAUUCAAAGCAUUAAAACAAAGGCGAUACUGAAGAAGAAAAAAAUAAUAUUUAUAGAAAUAUGCUCAUUGAAAAGUGCACAGAUUUGAUACAAGAAUUGUUAAUCAACAAAAAAUAUGGUUUAAUAAUCCUUUAAUUUGAGGAGUUUUUGUUUGGAAAAAGCUUUGAUAAGUUGGAGAUUAUUUCAGAUAAAUCAACAAAGUUAAGUAAAUUAAAACCUUAGGUGUUUGAGUAUAACAUUUUAAAUGAAAACACUUUAGAUUUAAAUGUGACUUAAUAUGAUAAUUUAGAAUUUUUAAUAUAAUAUGAAAUAUUUAAGAAAAAUUAAUCUGAGGCCUUUUCAAAUAUUAAUGAAUACAUUUUAGGAGUGCUAAAUUUAUGUAUAGAUAAAAAAAAAAUAGGUGUCCAUAAUUAAAGUAAUUCUAAUCAACCUUAUGGCAAAGAAUAUAUUGAUUUUAUUGAUAACUAAUCUAAUCAUUUGAUAGAAAAUGUUUUAGAAUUAUUCUGCUCUAUCAAUAAUAAAAUUAAAUAUACAAAUAUAAAGGUAAGUUCUAUUAGUGAUCAAAUUAAAAAUAGUAUAUUUAGAGAGAAGUAAAAAUAAAAUUCUUUAACUAUUAUUAAUAUGAAGGAGUAAAUCAUAAUCAAAAACUAUUCUAUGAAAAAUACAAAUCCAAUAUUUGAAAAGAUAUUUUAAUACAUAAUUUUGUAUUGCAAGAAUCUAGAAAACUAUAGCUCCUUACAUGACCUAAUGAAAAUAGAGCUUUCAAAUUACGACAAAUUUGUUAGUAUAUCAGAUUAGCUUCUAAGCGAAUAUGGUGUCUAAAUGAAGAAGGUAGUUGAUGAUGUUCUACCUGUUUUAAAAUAAUACAAAUUAUUUAUCAAAAAUAAACAUAAUAAAGAAAAUUUAUAUGAAGAGAUUUUAGACGAAGAUGGAAAUGAUGUUCAUUCGAAUCUCAAAGAGCCUAUAACUUCACUUUUGUCUAACAUUUAUUCAUUUUUACAGGAAUAUGCUCAUACUUACUACAGAAAUUUAAAAUUCAUCAUAAGUUGCAUAGACAAUCUUCUUGAAUAAAGAAUGAUCCAUUAUUUUGAAGAAUUUGAAUCCAGAAAAACUAAAAGUACAGAAAAUGAAGCUUUAAUAUGGUGGAACGAAAGAGAAUUGUUUGAAAAACAAGCACUUUAUGAUGAAAUCAAAGUAAAUUGGAUGGAAGAAACUAAACCUCUAUCUUAAUUCUAUGUUGAAUUCUUUGAAUUUGUGCAUGUUUGCUUGAAAUUAUAAUUAGUUAGUGAAAAUAAUAUGCCUAAUUAUUAUAACGACUUUGAAAUUUGCCUAAAGUCUUUCUUAAGAAUUUACAAUACAUUUUACAAAGAUUCUAAAUAAAAAGACGAUUCUCUAGAUUAGGAAGAAAUUAUAUUAAAUGAAGAUGAAAUCCAAAUGCCAGUUCUAAAAAGAAUAUAAACCUUAACUCCUAAUGAUAUUUUUGAAGGUGAAGAUGAAAUUUAGCCAAGCUUAAAAGAAUUGAAGAAUGUUAGGAAAUAUUCUACCAUGCUUCAUAAAAACUACAAUUCUAUUAAGGCAGAUGAUUUAUAUGAGGCUCUUAGGACUAAGUUUGUACCUCUCAUAAAUAGAUACAUGAACAACAGAAAAAAUAAUAUGUGGGUAAUUUUAAUGUCAGAAUUUAAUUAAGGUAAAAUGACAAUAGAAAACAAAAUUUGCUAUGUUAAAGCAAUCUCAAGAAAAGAAAACAAAAAUAGAUCUAAUCCUGAUGAAUAUUAUGAAAUGAACUGCGUCAUAGAUAGAGAAGAAAUAUGGUACUCCAUUUAUAAAUUGCUCUCAGGCCUUCCACCUUCUAGUCUUGUUACUGAAUAAUUCGAAAUUGUAUUUAAAGAUGAGAAUGGUGUCGAUGCAGGUGGAUUAUCCAGAGAAUUUUAUACUAUCGUGUUAAAAGAUUUCUUAGAUCCUUACAAAGGUUUCUUCUGUCCUUCAUCUAAUGGAAUCACCACAUAACCAAGCCCUAAUUCAAAUAUAAUUCCUGAUCACUUACUACACUUUAAAUAUGCUGGUAGACUUAUUGCUAAAUCAAUUUUAGAUAGUUUUGUUUGCGAAAUAGACCUUACUAGAUCUUUCUUAAAACAAAUAUUAGGCAAAGAAUUGUACAUAAAUGAUCUUGAAGACAUAGAUCCAGAUCUUGCUAAAAAUUUGAUGUGGAUAUUAGAUAAUGAUGUUUCGAAUCUAUACCUCGAUUUCACUUACACCCAUAAUGACUUUGGAAAAUAGUAAAUUAUAGAAUUAAAACCAAAUGGAAGCCAUAUCGAAGUUAAUGAAGAAAAUAAAAAAGAAUAUGUUAAACUACUCGCUUAAUAUAGAAUGGUUAAGCAAAUAGAACCUCAAAUCAAAGCCUUUUAGCAAGGUUUUUAUGAAGUCAUUCCUUAUAAAGCUAUAAAGAUUUUCACAGUUCGCGAGUUAGGUUUCAAACUAUCUGGUGAGAAGAAAAUAGAUUUGGAAGAUUUGAAAUAGAAUUUGAAUUACUAAACUUACACUAAAGAUAGUGAUUAGAUUAAGUGGUUGUUUGAAAUUUUAGAAGAAUAUAACUAAGAGUAAAGAGCUGGAUUUUUGUUCUUUGUUACUGGUUCAUUUAGAGUACCUUUUGGAGGUUUUUCAAACUAUAAGCUCACUAUUUCUAAGUUAAAUGAUACCUAGUCUUUACCUGUUGCUCACACUUGCUCUAAAGAAAUGGAACUUCCAUUUUACGAAAGUAAAGAAAUUAUGAAAGAAAAGUUUGAGAUUGCUUUUACAGAGGGUGUCAAAGGUUUUUACAUAGGAUGA